ACAAACGUAACGCCACUUAUAUCAUAAAUACAUCAUGAUUUCGGCUCGAUGUCUGAACGCUGCGCAUUUCAGUGCACUGUAGGUGUUUUACGUGAUUUUACAGAAGAUAUGGAUUCUCCUGUGCACCUGUGAGUGUCUCCGGUUCGCAGUUCGAGUCCGGUGCGGCAAUCGUGUCCGUCCGCUCGUGUUCUGCGUCCACGUCCGCUCUAACUUCAUCGCAUUGCAUUCGCCGUGGGCGACCGAUCGACGGACAUCCAGGACAUCUGAGCCGGUUGCAGGUUGCAGUCUUAAUAACGAUUCUUCCGACAACGGAUCAGCCAACUUGGCAACCAACAGCAGCUCGAGGGUUUUGAGUCUUGCCUGGCAGAAUGGUCUCCAAAUGGUCGAGGCAGUCGAUUGUUCUGAAAAGUGGCCCACAAAAUAAUAUCCGCUUAAAAAAAGCCUAGAGAGAUUGACUUACGGAAGUGCGAGGACAUAUCACUUGAUUGGUUUUGAUAUCCGCAAGAAUGGACAAUCUGCUGAAAGAGCUGGAGGCUCUGAAAAUUAGGGGUGAUUUCUUCGAGGAUAAUUCCUCGUGGACACCAUGCGUAGACUUGAUUCAGAAGAGUUUUGUACCGCAAAGAACAGUCGGGGUAGAGCGUCCGUGUGAGGAGAAAGAUUUUAGAGAAUAUAGGCUCGUUGUAGAAAGAAACUUGCAUAACGUCAGGUCUAUGCUACUACAUAUUUCUAGCAGAAGAAUUUCCAGGGAGAGACACUUUCAGCUGAGCAAUGCCACAGGGAUGGUUAGAACGUUUGGUAUGAAUCUAUUGCUGCUCAUUGGAGAACAUAGCGAAAAGAAUAUUUGGAACACAGCUGAGUGUGUUUCUAUUUCCAAAGAAUUACUUGCUAGUUUCUGUGACCUGUACGUCUGCCAAAGUAUUUCCCAAUUUUUGUCAGAGAAUGAGAAUUUGCGUAACUUGUUGCUGAUGUUAAGACCUAAAUUAUUAAAAGAUACCUGGAAAACUUAUCCAUCAGCAGUAGCAUGUUAUAGAUGGUUUUUGCAAGAGACAGAAAAACCAGUUUUAUUUAAUUAUAUCGGAGAUGUCUUGCCAACUGCAUUAAUUAUUCUUGAUGACUAUUUUCCCGAUAAUGUAUUAAUAGGCCUGGAAUGUAUUUAUCAGAUUAUUCAGCAUUCUUAUAUGAAAAAAGGACUGAUAGAUUCUGGCUAUGCUAAACUGAUUUAUCACGCCUUGCAACUUUUAACUCAUCAAAAGGAAGCAAAAUACAUUAUUCCUUUGUAUUCCUGUAUGGCCAGUCUUUUAGCUACUAUGGAACAUUGGGAUAAUACUAUAAAUCUAUUUGAGUGGACAACACGUGAUGAAGUUCUCUCAACUUUGAUAGAGAACAUGGAAUUUGAACAGAAUAUUGAAUUACGGCAUGUAUAUAUGUUGAGUUUACCUCAACUCAUUACAAAUAUAGGCUGUGCCAAAUGGUGUGGAGCGCUCAUUCGCAUACUUACCGAGUACUGCGAACAUCACACAGAUUUAAGGACGUUAAAGGCGACAUUGGAGAUGGCAAAGACGUUCCUCUUGAUGUUUCGUCUGCGAGUAGCUGCACAUUGUGCCCCACUUUAUACUGUAUUCUUGAAGUUGCAUUUUGAUCUGACGGAGACACCGGUGUUCGAUCGAGCUAUCAUGCAAAAUCUGGAAGAUUGCAUUUGCAUGUUGUACCAGCUAUCACCGAAUGUAGGCUAUACGGUAAUUAAUGACGAUCGAAUGCGUUCGGUGCUCAACAGUAGUUUGCUGGUCGUAUGCCAGGGUGGUGAUAUUAAAUAUUUCGAAUAAUUUAUGAAAUGUGCGACAGUCGCACGUAUUUGUAUAUACAGUGUAUUCUAUAUAAUGUGUGUGGAAAAAAUGCGUUGAUAGAAAUAUUAUAUUCUCGUGCAAACUUCUAGUUCAGAGAUAAAAGU